AGGAAGAAAGAAGCACCGAAGAUGAACUACUACUGUGGUGCCCCAACAGUGGAGUUCUACUUCUGAAAGUUCGAAAAUAAAAUCCAUUAACUUAGAAGGAAAUUACUACUGGAACGUGUUGUUUACUUUGGAAAUGGCUCGAAACAAGGAAGCAUUGGUCUUGGUGCUUGAUGUUGGUCCAACCAUGCAUGCUAUUCUUCCACAAAUUGAAAAAGUUUGUUCUAUGCUAAUUGAGAAGAAGCUGAUUUACAGCAAAAGUGAUGAAGUGGGAGUUGUAUUAUUUGGAACUGAAGCUACUGAAAACGAGUUGACAAAGGAAGUUGGUGGAUAUGAACAUAUAACGGUUUUACGCCAUAUAAAAGUUGUUGAUGGAGAUCUACUUCAAGCUUUACAAAACCUUCCUCGAGAAAGUGUUGAUGGUGAUUUUCUUGAUGCUAUUGUUGUUGGAAUGGAUAUGCUGAUUAAAAAGUUUGGACCAACUAACAAGGGGAAAAAACGUCUUUGUCUCAUCACAAAUGCACUUCACCCCAUUAAAGAUCCAUAUGAAGGAACAAAAGAAGAUCAAGUGAGCACCAUUGCUUCACAGAUGAUGGCACAGGGCAUGAAAAUGGAUUGUGUAAUUGCUAGGCUAACACAAAAUAUGGAAGCAAAUAAGAGAAUAAUGGAGGAGAAUGAUUUACUGCUAAGGGUGUUUUCAAAUAAAUCAUCUUCAAAAACAGUAUAUGUGGAAAGCCCGACAAAAUUGUUGGGUGCACUUAGAACUCGUAAUAUAUCUCCUGUUACCAUAUACAGAGGUGACUUGGAACUGAGCCCAAAGCUGAACAUCAAGGUUUGGGUCUACAAAAAGACAUCUGAAGAAAAGUUUCCCACUUUGAAAAGAUACUCUAACAAAGCACCACCAACGGAUAAAUUUGCCACACAUGAAGUCAAGGUUGACUAUGAAUAUAAAAGUAUUGAAGAUCCUACUAGAGUUGUACCUCCAGAACAGAGGAUUAAAGGUUAUCGGUAUGGUCCUCAAGUUGUUCCUAUAUCAUCAGCAGAGUUGGAGGCUGUGAAGUUCAAACCGGAUAAGAGUGUAAAGCUUCUAGGAUUUGCUAAUGCUUCAAAUAUAAUGCGACACUAUUAUAUGAAAGAUGUCAACAUAUUUAUUGCUGAACCAGGCAACGCAAAACCCAUCCUUGCUGUUUCUGCUCUAGCAAGGGCAAUGAAGGAAAUGAUGAAAGUAGCAAUUGUUCGGUGUGUGUGGAGACAAGGACAGGGUAAUGUCGUUGUGGGGGUCUUAACUCCUAAUGUUUCAGACAAUGAAAAUAUUCCUGAUUCAUUUUACUUCAACGUUCUUCCUUUUGCUGAGGAUGUUAGGGAAUUCCAGUUUCCAUCUUUUAGCAAUUUACCUUCGUCAAUGCAGCCAAACCAACAACAGCAGGAAGCAGCGGAUAGAUUGGUUAGAAUGCUUGAUCUUGCACCACUUGGCAAAGAGGAAAUUCUGCAGCCCGACUUCACACCAAAUCCUAUCCUGGAGCGGUUUUAUCGUUAUCUGGAAUUGAAAUCAAAGGACAAAGAUGCAGCUGUUCCUCCACUUGAUGAGACGCUCAAGAAAAUAACGGAGCCUGAUCCUGAAAUCCUUUUCCAGAACAAGUCUGUUAUUGAAGACUUCCGAAGGUGCUUUGAGCUCAAGGAGAACCCAAAGCUGAAGAAAUCAACUAGAAGGUUAUUGAAAGAAAAACCAUCUGGAUUGGACGACGAAAGAGAGGUCUUAGGUAAUGGUUCUGAUGCCCAGCCAAUGGAUGCAAUAGAGUACCCAUGCAAAAUUAAAACUGAGAAAAUUGGGGAUGCAAAUCCUGUUCAAGACUUUGAAGCAAUGAUGUCUAGAAGAGAUAGUCCAGAGUGGGUUAGCAAAGCUAUUCAAUGUAUGAAAGAUAAAGUCUUUGAAUUAGUGGAGAACUCCUGUGAAGGUGAUUCAUAUCAGAAAGCAUUGGAAUGUCUAACGGCUUUGCGGAAGGGCUGUAUCCUUGAACAGGAGCCGAAACAGUUCAAUGAUUUCAUACUGCAUCUUUACAAAUUCUGUCAGCAAAAAGACCUUAAAAGUUUUUGCGAAUAUCUUGCUUCUCACUGUAUCACACUAAUUAGCAAGACAGAAGCUGCUGACAGUGAAGUUACAGAAGAUGAGGCCAAAACCUUCAUUGUCAAAUCUGAGCAAGGAUUUUGAAUGGUUUUGCAUGUUGUUGUAAAGUGGAAAUAGGGAAUCAAGAUGGUCGUGUUCUCAAUUUCUUGAUACAUGUAAAAAAGUUGGUAGUUUGUAUUCAAGACAGAAAUUUUACUUCCUUUUAAGAUUCUUAUACACAGGCGCAGAUGGACCUUUCUACUAGUAUCAACCAUACAUAGAUAUCGAAGUAUUAUUGAUAGCUGAACAAGGAAUUGAAGUGCAUCGUGGUGGGAGAAUUGUUUCUCCCACCCCACUACUGUUACUUUCCAGGAGAUUGUGCGUGUGUUUUGCUGUGGGACCAAUAAUUCUGGACUCACGUCUCGAUCUAGUAAUGCAAGUCCAUUUUAUGAA